AUGUCUCCAAGCCGGUCCAGUCUGAAACUGGAGCUACAUAUGGACCGAAUACGGCAUUCGCUGGACUCAGAGCAGUACAGGUUGCUGGAGGAGCUGAACCAUGAAUCCUCAUCGCUGGAUGCAAAUGAUAAGCACCUGGAGGUCCCACCAUAUACGAUAUUCACCCACUGGCGGCGGUACCUGUUGAUGUUUUUGCUUUCUAUUUCGGGCAUAUGGAGUGCCAUUUCAAAUUCUAUUUAUUUUCCUGCGUUGCCUACACUUACCAAAGAGUUUGGCGUAUCUCUGGAAGCCAUGAACCUUACCGUAGUGGCAUACUUGGUGCUUCAGGGCAUUACACCGACGUUUGCUGCUAAUUUUGCAGAUACCUAUGGCCGCAGACCGAUGUUCUUGUUGGCGUUUUGCAUCUAUAUUGGUGCUAACAUUGGUCUUGCAGUCUGUGACGCUUACUGGCUCUUGAUCUUCCUUCGAUGCGUUCAGGCAGCAGGAAUCGCUCAGGUUAUCGCCAUUAAUUCAGGUAUUGCUGGUGACGUGUGUGUUCCAGCUAACCGUGGCUUUUUCGUGGGUGUUGUUUCUGGUAUGCUCUUAGUGGGCCAGGCGUUUGGCUCGCUUAUCGGAUCUGCCCUUAUCUCCCGAUGGAGCUGGCGUGCAGUGUUUGUGUUCCUUUCAAUUGGUGCUGUUGUUACCCUUAUCUUCGUGUUUGUGCUUUUAACCGAGACUUGUCGAAGUAUUGUCGGCAACGGGUCCAUUAGACCUAAAAACCUUCUUUAUGCGGCACCGGCUCUCUGUCUCCCAAGCUACAAGCAGUAUCUUAAUGACGACCGCACCACUUUAGCUCCUCGUGUCCCGUUGGACUUCCUAGCGCCUUGGAGAAUCCUAAUACAACCCACAAGUAUUGCAGUUCUUCUUCCUAGUGGGCUUCAAUUCACCGCUUGGACUAUGUGUUUGACUUCUUUGUCCACAGCCCUAGAAGAUGAUCCAUGGAACUAUUCAGUGAUGCACGUCGGCCUUAUGUACUUGCCUCAGGGUAUCUGCUGUCUUGUGGCAUCGAUCCUUUCGGGUAGGGUUCUCAACGACUACUAUACCUGGCGCCGGAACAAGUAUGAGGAAAAGUACAAGGACAUUGACAAGAAAAGUCGGCCACCAUUUAAUAAAAUCAGAGUUCGUCUCGACGUUGCCAUCGUUCCAACCAUUUGUACCCUCUUGGGUCUUCUACUCUUUGGAUGGAUGCUUGAUAAGCAAGGCAGUAUAGUUGGAGUGGUAAUUGGACUGUGUUUUGCAUCAUUUGGAAGUUCAUCUUUCAUCGCCAUUGUCACGACUAUGUUGGUUGACUUGUACCCUGCCAGGGGUCUGGCCUCGACAGCCUGCGUUAAUUUGGUGAGGUGUAUUUUAGGAGCAGCUUUUGUUGCCGCUUUGGACCAAAUGGAACAAACUAUGGGUAUUGGCGGGGUCUACACUUUGAUGGCAGGCUUGUGUUUGGUAACUAACAUUUUAUUGGUGGGCGUGGUUAUGCAAUACCUGAAACGUUUGAAAAACGGAAACUUAUAG